AUGGUUAUCACUACACCUCCAUCUGUUGCUUCACCUUGUGUUCAAUGCCGCAUGGUCCAUUCUUCCUGCUUAUAUCAAAUAAAUCCUGCGUGUCAAAGAUGCCAUAACCUUGGUAUAAUAUGCUCCUAUCCAGCAGCGCCUUCUACCAAUAUUUCACCUGUACCUGGUUCUCCUGCUUAUAAUUUCCCACCUCCAAACACGCCUAAUACACCUAUCAGAGUCAAUUUCUUAAAUCCUUAUAAGAUUAAUCAACACAAUACACCUUCAGCUCCUGAUUCUCCAAACCCUUCAAUAACUUCAUCAAUUGAAACCAAUUUUACUACUUCUGACCCCUUUUUCGAAAAAUUAUAUGAACAUAACUUAGCUUGGAAACUUGACUAUAUUACUUAUCAAAAUUGGCAUUCUUGGAGGAUCUUGGAUGAUACUAUAAGACAGUUUAAAGAAGCUGGAUAUGAAGUACCCAACAUUACUAAUAAUCAUUAUCAUCUUUUGCGUGCCCAUUCUAUUGCUGAAUAUGUUUCCAGAAAGGGUGAGGAUGAAAAUUUAACUGUAUCCACCUUUAUUCCAUUUAUUAAUCAUGCUGAGCGUGCAAAUGCUGCUUUAUUAUCCCCUUAUAAUACUCCUUCUACUAAUCCUCCUAAUACUGAACUUCCAAUAGUUAAUAAUGAUCCACCCGUAAUUCCUUCUGUUAAUUCCCCAUAUACUGAUUAUAAUUAUUCUGAAUAUACUCCUACCAUUUAUGAACUUCCCAGUUGGCUUGAUCCACGCCUUUACCCAUCUUCUCCUUCUUAA